ACAGCCUUCACACCAUUUUUGAGUCUAUGGGGUCCCGAUAUAUUGUCUAGGGGCGGUGUCGAGGCUGCUACUUCUGAUGGCAAAUGCAAUGGAAUGGGGUUGAGACCUGAGGCCAGUGGCAUUCAUGCGGUGCCUUGAAAUGUUCGAAAGCGUAGAAUGCCCUGCGUGCCAUGAGCCUCGCACCCUACUCGUUUCAUUUGAAUGAGUCGCGCCCUACAACGCGCCCAUGCCGUUCAAAUCUGAUGCCCAUGAAUCAAUCUACUUAUGGGCGGCUGCAUAUACUACGAGCCCGCUUCUGUCCGUUGAUUCCAGCUCCAGAAUAUUCCAAUACAUCCGAGCGCUGCACAUCGCUGGGUGCCACGUGCAUGCUGUGGUUUCCUCCUUUAUAAUCCAUCAAGCACUUUACGGGCACUGCAGCGGUUUUGUGCCUGAUCCUCACGAUGAUUGCCCUCUGCCCAUGGGAGAGGAGCUAAGCCACCCAGAACACCCCCAGGACCCGGGAGAUACCCACGUCAGUGGAAUACAACAAGUCGUCAUUACUAGCAUUCUCGCGGCUGAUCUCACUCUUGGUCUUCGACGAAUCCCCGCUGGCUUCUACGUGACAGUAGAGGCUAAUGGUACUACAUGGCAGACAAGUAACAAACCUGUACACGUAGACCAGGUUGUGAUCGAAUGGAACGAAAACAUACUUCUACCAUCCGAGCCGUCUUCUAAAGUUCGGGUUGCUGUGUAUGCCUCAUUUGAAUUGAGCCCCAUGCUCGGUCAUGGAGAACGCCUCCGCAGAUUCGAGGUCUCUGUAGGGGAAUUAGUAGAACGCAGUGAAAAUUCACGUCGUCCGUAACUUCUGUCAUGAAUCGCGCCUGUCGGAUGUUGACAGGACAACCCAGCUUUCGACUUUCAGCCCAAGGCGGGCGAUGUCGUAUCCUCAUGUACUUCGCUG